AUGCUACCAAAAUGGACACAUAUGAGCACUCAAAUUAAAUCUGGUCGCAGGCUCCCCUUCAUAAGCGUACGUGAUUUUUGUUCUGGUAGGGACGUUUCCUGUUCGCGCGUGCUAAGAAAGCUGCUCUUCCUUGUGAAAGCUCGCACGUGUGGCGACUGGCGAGGGUCCACCUGCGCGCGCGCUCGAGAUAGGCGAGGGCGCAGAGACCGACGCGCGGUCGACGGGAUGUGUCGUGCU